CUGUCAUGUUUGAUCCACACCACAAAGCAAUGCAGAAUGUUUGGUAAGCAGCAGUGUCGUUCAGGACCAGGACAGAGCCGGUAGGAGGACCUUAAACUUGAAGCUGAGGAAUCAAGCAAGAUCAGUGAAAUUAGACACCAACAUUUGUUGGCAUUCACAGAGCAGUGUGGAGAUGACAUCCCGUGACAGUUUAUUUUCAAGUCUUGGUUCUGAGGGUCUUUUCUCCUGUUAUGUGCGGGAUUUAAGUCAGGAAGAAUUGCUCACCUUUCAAGAAGAGGCAUGAAGUGUUUGACCUUCUAUUAAGUUUCCUCAUUUAAAAUCACUUGCGGGAAGACAGAUGAUGCCAACCGAGAAGACAUCUUCUCCUUUAAGGCAAAGCGGGAAGAUUUUCAAAGCCUAAAAGUCUUUGGCUGUAGCAGAAUGAUCGCCAGAAUCAAUCACGUCCCUAUCCUGCUGCUCCUCUGUCUACUCCCCGCCACGAAGGAGACCUGCCCUUCCAUGUGUCUUUGCACAUCCGACAGAGUGAGUUGUAGCGCCAGUGGUCUCGCCAAGAUACCGAAAUCACUGCCCUCGUUCGCCAUCACGCUUGAUGUCAGUCACAACCAAAUGUCUUGGCUGGGUCCGGGCAGCUUGAGCAGUAUGUCCAGACUGGAAAACCUCUGGAUGGCCCACAACCAGAUCAACAGCUUGGCCUACGGGGCAUUUCAGAAUGCCUCGAGCAUAAGAUAUCUUGACCUGUCUUCCAAUAAGCUCCAAAAGGUGCAGCAGCACUAUUUUGAAGGACUGUGGAGGCUGGAGGAGCUCAUCCUCUUUAACAAUAAAAUCACAGUGGUAGAGGCUGGCACACUGGUGGGUCUGAGUAGCUUGAAAAAGGCCUACUUUGGCCUUAACCAGAUCACACGAUUCCCAUUCUUCUCUAUCCAAGACCGCAGCCACCCUUUUCUGAAUAUGCUGGAUCUCUCAUCCAACCUUAUGACGCAUCUGCCAUGGCAGGAUGUGAAAGCAUUACCAGGAUUGGUGCAGCGGGGGCUCUACCUUCAUAAUAACUCUCUGAUUUGCGACUGCUCCAUGUACACCGUGUUCUGGCACUGGGAUCUCCGUGGAUAUGCCCAGCUGAGGGAUUUCGCAGAUGAAUACACUUGCACCAUCUCCGGGGAACCCCGCGCGUCUAUCCGGUUCCUGCGACACAACCGCUUUUUCAACAACUGCACCGUGGAGAAAGUCAUGUCGCUGCCGGUGACUGUGCUCCUCUCUAAAGUUUUGGUUUCAGAGGGACAAAGGGUGCGUCUGGACUGCCAAACACCCUUGAGUAGCGACAAUCUCUCAUUUACAUGGCUUUCCCCCAGCCAGGUUUCCAUCACCCAGUCCAACAUUGAUGACACGCUCAUGAUCUUGUUUGCAAAUGGUACCUUGGAGAUCCAAGCAGCCAAGGUCAACGACUCAGGCCUGUAUGUGUGUACGGCAGUGGAUAUUAAAGCGGCACUGAAUGCAACCAGAGAAAUAGAUGUCACGGUGCUCUUGCCUGAAGUGGAGUCAUUCAGUACGGGUUACACAACGCUGCUGGGCUGUGCGCUGACUAUGGUCCUCAUCCUCGUAUACCUCUACCUCACCCCAUGCCGAUGCAGCUGCUGUAAACAGCCCAACCCUCCAGUCAUCCCUAUUGCGACAUACGAAGCAGAGAAUUCAAUGCCCGUUUUCUCCACCUGCACAACAGACAGGGAAAAAAGCCACCUUAAUAAGCACGUAGCAUUUAGGCAGCCGAUGUUGCGUGAGGAAGGACCUGAAUGGAAACAUGAAAGCUAAUGCAAAAAAAAAAAUAAAACAUACGGCCAUCAGACGCCAAGGGAAGUGUUGCUUUUUCUUUCCUGAAAGUCACCUGCUGAUAAAAAGCACAUAAGUACCCUCUGCUUUCCCCCUGUUAGCCGCUCGAAUUGGCCGUGAGGUUUAACAGUGAGCACAGCAGAACCAUCAGCGCCUCCUAAAGUCACCUCAUAACUCUUUAGGUGCUGUGCAAUGAUGGGCCAUUCAUUCAAGGGUGACUCGAGAUGCCACUCGUAAAGGUUUUUCACACAGUUAAAUCUUGCUAUGAUUGUAAAGGUUUGCAGCAUAUCAACCAGUCUGUUUGUAACUGCCCCUUUACCGAGAACACAGAGAACACCACCAAAAGUGUAAACAGUUCAUGUUUGUAAAAAAAAAAACUGCAAAAAAAUGAUGUGUUCUUAGUGUUCCUGAUGAAGUCUGCACUUUUAUUCAAUUGCAUUCUCUACUGAUAAUACUACAGACGGUCCUCUCCUAAAUCACACCGUACAGUAUGACUUGACUGAAACAGUUAGUUUAAACAAAGACAAGAGAAUCCUGCUGUAAUGAACCACACACAGAAUUCCAGCUCACUCUUCAUCUGGAAAGAAAAAAAACACAAGACAAGUCAAGAGAGUUCACUCCCCUCCCAACCCCACCAAAACUCAACUGUACAUCUUUUCAAACACAAUGUUGCUUUGCUAACAAAUAACACACUUGGAACACUGUGGGCUCGAUUUGAUUAGACAGCGCAUCUGCAGCGGGCCACAAAUGCUGGUGGAUCCUCAUUUUCGUGCAAGUGCAAGGCUCGCUGGGCGAUUGCCAUUUUGGCAGAUGGGUCUCCAAAGUUGGGGGUACUGGCGCAGCAUAGGGAGUGUCGUCGGAGAUGCGCCUGGUGGAGUGACAAUUUGGUGGGAGUAAGGUGGUCUCAAGUUACUGCUCAGAGCAUGUCUAAGUGCCAGCGCAAGGUAGACAGCUAAUCUAAUGUCAUUUUGGUGAAAUGUAUCGGGGCGUAGGAAGACAAAUUUUGAGCUGCACAGGGAUGUGUGUGGUGGAUGUCAGACGUAUUUCAUUCGGAAAUAUGUGAACGGCGGGUAUUAAAACCUUCAAUCGUAGAAAUCAAUUCACUGAAUAAAUUAUUAUUACGAUUAUCAAUAUUAUUUUUAUCAUUUUUUUUAAAAUCAUCCUACUGGGUGGCAUAGCUACUGGGGGUGGGGGGCCAACAAAUGAUUGGGAGUGGGGGGGUCUCAAGUGGCUACUUCACAUCUCAGAUGUGUGGUCCUCUAGUACGCGACUAGUGCAACGCAUUUAAAGGAGGAGACAAGUGGGUUUGAUUGGCUGUGACUGAAGUCAUCUGUGACCACUCCCACAGCAGUGCAGACUUCCUCUCACAGGUCCAAUGACCUUCACUUAUCUGUGAAAUUGCCGACAUUAAUUCAAUUCCAAGCAGUGUUACACCGUGUACAACACAGGAUUUAUGCCAUUUAACAAAAGAGGAGAAAAAAAUAGAUCCCUAUGAAAUUAAUACAACCAGAAUAUGUGAAGAGAACUGUCUACUGCAGGGGUGUCCAAACUUUUUGCCAAGGGGGCCAGAUUUUAUGUGGUAAAAUGUCGGGGGGCCGACCUUGGCUGACAUUCUUUACAUUGAACAACAAUAUUGUUCAACAAAUUUUAGUAAGCCAGUCUGUUUCACAUUUCCAUUUUUAUUUUAAUUUCAACAAUCUUAAGAAUUUCUUUUGGUUCAUUUGAAACAGGUAUAUCACAUGCAAGUGCUUAUUCACUUGACUUUUUCUUAAACAGAAGUCUCCUGAGUGCAAAUGGAUUGAUUUGAAA